CUUAAGGCGAGUUAGAUUUAUUCUCUAAAAAUCUGUUCAUUUUAAUUUAUUUCACAAUAAAUAAGAACAUCCACCUUCAUACUUUGAUUAUUAUUUUGUUUCAAAUCUAAUCUAUUCCCAAUUUACCCAUUUCUGUUUUCCCUUAAAUGGUUUGGAUAAUGGAAUAUCAGUGAUGUUUUCCAGAUUUUUUCCGCUUUGAACACAAGAGAGGAGAACAUGAUCUCUCGUCAUUCAAGUGAGAAUUCAGAGUUGAAUCUGUAAUCCCGAGCCGCAUUCGUGAGCACUUCUCCGUGGCAAUUAGGAGCCUAUUACAAGCCAUUAGAUUGAUCAAUGUACCUUAAACAAUGGGAAUGAUUUAUUUGGUCGAACAAAAUGCUCUGCAUCUAUUGUGAGGAGUGUAAGUGGGGGUGCAUCCAUCAACAAAAGAUAAAUGAUUAAUUCAGAGCUGUUCAUUUAAAAUUCUUCCCACAAAGCCCUCACUCUUCAAAAUCCAGUUUAUUCCAGCCUCAUUUUCUGCAUGUUAAACCAGGCAGCUCGCUGGAUUGGGCAGUGCUUUCUGGUUGUGCCCCUGUGUGCGUCUUAAUUUGUGUGUCUGCAGAGGGAAGUUUAUUUGAGGAUGUUUAACUAAUUGUUGAAAUUUAGUGUGCUCAUGCGGCUACACCUGUUUCUCUCCCAAGGGGGCUGGAGUAAACUGUGAGUGGAAGGAUGCUGAUGAAGCUCCACUUGGAUCAGAAAAAGAAGAAAGUGUCUUUCAUGUAGAUUUAGCCUAAAUAGUUUGCUCGUUUUAUCUGCAGUUUUUCUUAUUUUCUGCAGUUUGGUUGGAAAAUUAGACAUAAAAAAUAAAUCAAUUACAAAGUGAAGCAAACAGCUGUAAAUUAAAACGUCACAGCGAGUGUUCUUCAGCCUGUCAGCACAGAUUUAUACCGUUCAAAUCUGGUGAAUAAAUGUCACUUUGAAGCCUGUAAGUGAGCUUUCUACAACUAGACACUCAUUAACCUCCUUCAUACUUUCCACAGCUAAAUUUGAACGUGCAGGUCAGCUCACCAUGCAGCUCACAGUGUCAGCUUACACUUCUAGAGGCUGCACAGGCUCUAUUUUAGGCUCUGCAGAGAGCGUGCUAGCUGUGAAGUUGUCAUACUUGAGCACUUGUAGCUUUUUAAAACAUAUUUAUUAAUUUCUGCAAAUGAAUGUACUUUCCUGAGUGUGGGACCGAAGCUGAGCGAGAAGCAUGGCUCCCAAAAAGGCCAAAGGAGACGACACACUGAAGCCACCACCUCUGAUUGGAAGGUUUGGCACCUCACUGAAGAUAGGAAUUGUUGGCCUGCCCAAUGUCGGGAAGUCAACCUUUUUCAACGUGCUGACAAAGAGUGAGGCUGCAGCUGAAAAUUUCCCCUUCUGCACCAUUGACCCAAAUGAAAGCAGAGUGCCCAUUCCAGAUGAACGCUAUGAUUUCCUCUGCCAAUUCCACAAACCUGCCAGUAAAAUUCCAGCAUUCCUUAAUGUUGUUGACAUUGCUGGCCUGGUGAAAGGAGCUCAUGCAGGUCAAGGUCUGGGAAACGCCUUCCUGUCCCACAUUAGCGCCUGUGACGGAAUCUUCCACAUGACACGUGCUUUUGAGGAUGAGGAUAUCAUCCAUGUUGAGGGGACGGUGGACCCAGUCAGAGACAUGGAGAUCAUCCACGAGGAGCUGAGGAUGAAGGACGAGGAGAUGAUCGGACCCAUUAUUGACAAGCUGGAGAAAACGGCCAUUAGAGGCGGUGACAAGAAACUCAAACCAGAAUAUGACGUUAUGUGCAAAAUAAAGAGCUGGGUUGUGGAUGAAAGGAAGAACGUCCGCUUCUAUCACGAUUGGAACGACAAGGAGAUAGAAGUGUUGAACAAAUACUUGUUUUUGACAUCCAAACCAAUGAUAUACCUCGUUAAUCUCUCUGAGAGAGACUACAUAAGGAGGAAGAACAAAUGGUUGGUGAAAAUCAAGGAGUGGGUGGACAGUCACGACCCCGGCGCUUUGGUCAUCCCCUUCAGUGGCAACCUGGAGAGCCAGCUACAGGACAUGAGCGGGGACGAGCGACACAAGUACUGCACGGAGCACAAGACGCAGAGCGCCCUGGGCAAGAUCAUCAAGACCGGCUACGCAGCCCUGCAGCUGGAGUACUUCUUCACCGCCGGCCCGGACGAGGUCCGAGCGUGGACCAUACGGACGGGAACUAAGGCUCCGCAGGCUGCGGGGAAGAUCCACACAGACUUUGAGAGGGGCUUCAUUAUGGCAGAAGUAAUGAAAUUCCAGGAUUUUAAAGAAGAAGGCAGUGAGAACGCUGUCAAGGCAGCUGGAAAGUACAGACAGCAGGGAAGGAACUACGUCGUUGAAGAUGGAGACAUCAUUUUCUUUAAAUUUAAUGCACCAAAUGCACCAAAGAAGAAAUGACUCCAGAAGGACCAUACACUGUAAAAAUGAAAUGUUGAAUUAACUUAACCAAGUUAUGUCAACUAGUUCCACUAAAGUUGCUUAAAUGUCAAGAGUAAAAACGUUUACUGUAAACAUAAUGUACAACAACACAUAUUACUCUUUACAUUUAAGCAGAUUUUGUGGAACCUGACAUAACUUGGUUAAGUUAAUUCAACAUUUCAUUUCUUACACUCAACUUUUUUUAUUAUUAUUUUAUGUCAGAGGUCAGAGUGCACACUGUCACUGCCUAACAUUUGAUUACCCGUCCCUUAAGGCAGAAACCUGGAAUUUUUCUCAGACGACACCAUCUAGAGGUAGAUGAAUUUAUUGCACCUUAGCCCCUCUUCCUACUUCCGUGAUUACUGCUGGAAGGCAAUGGCUGGAAGGCAAUGGCUCUCCUUCAUGAAUAUGCACAUGUAACUGCCCAACAGAGCUAAAAAAUAUUGUUUUUGUUGUUCAAUACAAACACACACACACACACACACACACACACACACACACACACACACACACAUAUAUAUAUAAAUUAUUUACCUGUCCAUAAAAAACGUCAGCAAAUCUGCAUCAAUCUAGAUACAUCUACGAAUGCUCAUGCACGCUUUGUGAUUGACAUCUGUACGUAAGUGGAUGUCUAACACUAUUGGCUAAUGCUUAGCGGCACUCAGUUCGAAUUGCAUGGGGCUCUAAGGAAGCGGGGACGGACUUACCAGAACAUUUGAUUGGCUAUAUUAUACCACAGCACAGGGUAAGAUUAUGACUUUUACAGGUUUCUAAAAAAUCAUACAUAUUUCCUGAAAGAGGGAAAAUUCCAGAUUGCUGCUUUAAGAUCAAAUCUCACCUCGCGUAAGAGACAGCUCAGUCAUUUAAGAUCAGGACGAGACCCCGCUCCCCCUCCAUUCACUCUCACUCUCCUCAAAUUGUUGCAGCAUUUGAAGGAGUGUAUUACUCUCCAGAUACUUCAUUAAUCUCCAUCACGGGUGCCAGCACUGACACAGCUGACAGUGGGGACAAUGCCACCUGCUCCUCUCCCCCUUCUGCAGAUAAUGCAUGUUUUACAGUAGGCCAGAUGUCUACACUCAAUAAAACAUUUGACAAAACCA